GUCAUCCACAUUCUACUUCCUGUUACAAAUGUUCAGGCCAGAGAUCAGGCCGCACAACGACUGUUAGAGGCGAAAGGGGUGAGGACGGGGACGAGUGCUGGUUCGUGGUACCAGGUUUUGUCUCAUGAGCGUGACUGUGCCGUCCAGGCGCUGCCAGUGACCGGGGCUGUGGCUGUGGCGGGCCCGGCCCAGGAGGCCAUUCUGUACAUCACUCCAGGCUCCCACUGACCUGUCCUGCUCUCACCAUGGAUCAACAAAGAGAUAAAUAUGGUGAGCGGCCCGCCAGGAGCACUAAGGUUUCCCAGGGCAGCCGUAGCGGACACUCGUCCCGGCCAUCUGGCUCUUCGAGCUCCUCUGGGGUCCUCAUGGUGGGGCCAAACUUCCGUGUGGGAAAGAAGAUCGGCUGUGGAAACUUUGGUGAAUUGAAGCUUGGUAAAAAUCUCUACACUAACGAGUAUGUAGCCAUUAAACUGGAACCAGUGAAGUCGAGGGCACCGCAGUUGCAUUUAGAGUACAGGUUCUACAAAACACUGGGAACUACAGCGGAGGGAGUGCCCCAGGUGUUUUACUUUGGGCCUUGUGGGAAAUACAACGCCAUGGUUCUGGAGCUGCUGGGCCCAAGUCUAGAGGACCUCUUUGACCUCUGCGACAGGACCUUCUCACUGAAGACUGUCUUAAUGAUCGCAAUUCAGUUGAUUUCCCGAAUGGAGUACGUGCACUCUAAAAACCUAAUCUAUAGAGAUGUAAAACCUGAAAACUUUCUCAUCGGACGGCAAGGGAAUAAAAAGGAACACAUUAUCCACAUCAUCGACUUUGGCCUGGCCAAAGAGUACAUCGACCCCGAGACCAAAAAACACAUUCCAUACCGGGAGCACAAGAGUUUGACAGGCACCGCCCGAUAUAUGUCCAUCAACACACAUUUAGGCAAAGAGCAAAGCCGGCGAGAUGACCUGGAGGCUUUAGGCCACAUGUUCAUGUAUUUCCUCCGUGGGAGUCUACCCUGGCAAGGGCUAAAGGCCGACACCUUGAAAGAACGAUACCAGAAGAUCGGAGACACAAAACGUAACACUCCCAUUGAAGUCCUCUGUGAGAACUUCCCAGAGGAGAUGGCCACUUACCUGCGAUAUGUGAGACGAUUGGACUUCUUUGAAAAGCCCGACUAUGAAUAUCUGCGGACUCUGUUCACUGAACUGUUUGAGCGAAAAGGCUACACCUUCGACUACACUUACGACUGGGUUGGCAGACAGAUACCCACACCGGUGGGCUCUGUCCAUAUAGACUCCGGAGCGUCCGCGGUCACGAGAGAGAGCCACCCUCCCAGAGAACGCCCCUCACAGCAUCAACCAAUCAGAAAUCAGACAGCGGUCUCAGAUCGACGAGGAGCAUGGGAGGUGCAGCCCACACGCCAAGCAAACUCCUCCUAUCUGACCUCCCACCUGGCAGCGGACAGGCACGGGGGCUCAGUGCAGGUGGUGAGUUCAACCAACGGGGAGCUGAAUGCAGACGAUCCGGCUCAUUCCAACGCUCCGAUUACAGCUCAGGCAGAGGGGGAAGUGGUCGAUGAGGCCAACUGCGUGAAAAUGCUCAACCUGUGGUGCUGCUGUUUCUUCAAGCGAAAACGAAAGAAGAACACGCAGAGGCACAAAUGAUCGUCCGCCACCGGCCUGAAACAUUCCAAGUGUCCGGCUCAGUUGAUUGUGAUUUCAGAAAUCAAAAACGGUCCCAUUCAGAAAUUGAAGAGGGAGACGACGGAAAGAUCUUGAUUGAAUUGCGCUCCGGAGGGACCAGUUAAAUAUGGUUUGAAAUGUACAAGACGCUUGUGUCUUUUGAUGGGAGUCCUGUUUUAAAGUUUUUCUUGUUUUUAAAUUUUUUCCCCUCCUCCAAGAUGUGUGGGAAUGUUCUGCAGGCCAGUCGGCCAAAUGGGAACGGUUCGUUGGAUUUUUGCAGGGGAUAAUCUUUUUUUCUUUUUUUUUUUUUUUCCUCCACAAGACGCCCAGCAUUUGUAUUUUUCUUUCCUCGUUUUUUUCCAGUUGUUUUUCGUCUGUGGUAUUGCAAAGAAAGAGACAGGUCUUCCUGUUUAAUCUUACCACCUUCAACCUGUUGCGUUCUAUGAUUUUUAUUUGUUUAACUCACAAAAUCGUAUUUUCGUUUCUCCUCUGUCCCAGUUCGAGGUGUUUUGCCUGUGAUUAGUUUGCGAACUCAUUUUGACACAAAGCCCUUCUGGUCCUCCCUGACGUGAGGCUGAAUGUAAACCUGAACACACACGGAGCCAGGAGUGGUAACAGAGAGCGUCAGUCUGCCGGCCCCUGCACUUUUUAUCCUCCAAAGAGGUCGACCCUGGAACUGGGACCCGGGCCUGAGAGAACAGAAGACCACAGACGUCUCCUGCACUGCGUUCUCUUGGGAUGAUUUCUGCUCGCGCUGCUUGGUUAAAUCGCUCCCCUUUAACCACGCCGCUCUCAAAACACACUACAGUCUCUUCUGACUCUGCAGUUUUGCUCCUGUCGGCUUUUGUGAUGAUGAGCGGCAGCCUGACACUUGUAGAUGUGGCUGAAAAAAAAAUGCUAUUUAUGCUAUUUAUCUCUUGAUUGACACCAGUUUUCUUACUAAUUCUAACACAUACACACUGAAUGUAUGGACAGUAAGGUAAAUGACUUUGGGGCAAUCUUAUAAUCUGUUAUGCGCAUGGAAAAGAAAUUGCAGUAAAGGCGGUAAGACCAAUGUUUAAAAAAGGAAAAAAAGUGAGACCAAAAUCAAGUGGAUUUGUGGGAGAGUCUUAAUUGUUCUUGAUCUUAAUAAUGUGAUGGUUAAUAAUGGACUCUGCGGACACUGGGGGAUGUUGCUUUGGAGCGACAAGAGAAACGGGCGUGAUUUGCCUCGGAGAUGAAAUCACAGCCUCUCGACGCUGCUGUCCGAUGCCUUAACCCCAACCUGUCGACCACCACGCCACCCGUCGGUUACACACGUCGGCAGCGUGAUGGUUUGUGAGAUUUUUGCGGCGCGGUUUGUCCGGCGGUCGCCUGCAUCAUAACGUUGCCGACUGUCCCCAGAUAGUAUCAGAGUAGUGAAUGACUUCCUGUGUAACACUGAAGAUGUAUUAUGGAGAGAGCGAUGCCAAAUGGAAGGUUUGGUGUAAUAAUCUGUGAUGGUGUUAAGACGUCCCUGCCCCUCCCCCGUGUCUCGUCCGAAGACCCCUGUGCUGCAAAGCGAUGUUUGAUGUUCGAGUCCCGCAGAGAGAAAACCUCAUGGUGGAUGAGAACGUGUUCAUGCCAUUUGUUUUGAAUUAGCGUCACGGAGGACUGCCUUGAAACAAUAUCCUCGACACGUCACCUUGCCUAUCCUCCGAACAGAGAGUCAAUUACCGUACAUAGUAGUUUUAUUUUUUUAUUUUAUAUCUUGCUAAUGUGAAUUGUUUUUGUUUUUCCAUUCCAAAUAGCCAUGGUUUUAUGGGGAAAGAGAGGGUAACAAAAAAGAAGAUAGAAAAAAAAAAAA